AACUGGAACAUGACACAUGGAAGAAGAAAAGGAAGCAACUGAGACUGCAUCCACCAGGAAUGCCAUAUUUUUUUAAAUGGGUAUAAGGUUCUGAUGGACAAAGAGCCGCAUAAGUAACUAUCAGUGACUCUGAGAACCAAAAAGAAAGGAGAGGGCAGCCGAAAAGGAGGAACAGGUGCAAUGGACUCUCGCCAUUUCCCAGCCCGGACUGUCCUCUUUGAAAGGGAGACCAGCGGGGUAACAUACCGAGUGCCAGCAUUACUGUACAUCCCCUGCGUUGCUAAGUUGUUAGCUUUUGCUGAAGAGAGGUUGAGUGUUGAUGACGCUCACGCCAACCUGCUUGUGCUGAGAAGAGGUACCUUCUACAAGAACUAUGUGGAGUGGGAAGAUAUGCGAGCCCUUGAAACUGCAACUCUAGCCCACCAUCGGUCCAUGAACCCUUGCCCUAUCUAUGACGAGCUCACUGGUGUGGUGUUCCUGUUUUUCAUUGCUGUGCUGGGCAGGACCCCAGAAGCCUUUCAGAUCAUCACAGGUCAAAACGCUGCACGUCUCUGCUAUGUGUCUAGCUCAGACCAGGGCAUCAGCUGGAGCCAUGUGACUGACCUUACCCAACAAGUUAUUGGCAGGACCAUUGAAGAUUGGGCCACUUUUGCACUAGGUCCUGGGCAUGGCAUUCAACUCAAGUCAGGCCGUUUACUCCUUCCAGCCUAUGCUUACCACAUUGACUGCAAAGAAUGCUUUGGAAAACUCUGUAAAACGACCCCACAUGCGUUUACCUUCUACAGUGACGACCAUGGACAGAGCUGGGACUUUGGUGAAUUCAUCCCAAACCUGCAGACUGUUGAGUGUCAGAUGGUGUCUGUGGACGAGGAGGAUGGGAGCAAUGUGUUGUACUGUAAUGCCCGUAGUCCCCUGGGCUUCCGGGUGCAGGCACUUAGCGUGGACGAUGGAGCCGUGUUUCAACCAGGGCAGUUGGUGCAAAGGCUUGUGGAGCCCCCUCAUGGUUGCCAUGGCAGCAUCAUUGGGUUCCAAGCUCCUCUUUACUACAUGCAUCACAUGGUUCAGAGAGAAACAAGGUCUGUUAACAGCUCAGAUUUCUUGCCACAGCCUAGUACAGAGAAAAGAUACCAAUGUCCUCCUCCUGCUGCUGGUUCUGUACCUUGGGUUUCUCUCUGCAGCCAGUCUCUCUUCUACCAGCAGGAAAGUCUUACAUUGUGCAGAACUUCUAGUGGCCAUCACAGCAAUUUUCUUGGUCUUAGGUCCUCAGGUGAUGUACAUACAGAACACAAGCAACACAAUACAGGAACUAUUUCAAAAUCAGAUUUUAAUUUUCAAAUCCCAACUUGGGUGCUCUAUUCCCAUCCAACAAGCUCCAGAUCCCGAGUCAACCUAGGAAUUUACCUCAGCACUUUUCCCAGGGAAGCUGACACCUGGACUGAGCCCUGGGUUAUUUAUGAAGGCCCCAGUGCCUACUCAGACCUGGCUUACAUCGAACUGCCUUACUCAGAGUUCUCAAUAACUGGGAUCCCAGCCAUAGGCUUUGCCUGCCUAUAUGAGAAUGGGGUACGGUCCCCUUAUGAGCAAAUCUCUUUCAGCAUGUUCACACUGCAUGAAGUUCUUCAGAACAUCCCUCUGACAACUUCUUCCUUAGGCUCAAAACAUCCAUCAGAUGGCAAGAAGAGUUGGUGGAAGACCUGUGACAUCUCUUAAAGCUCAAGACUGUGAAUAUAUUUUCAUUAAAAAUUAUAGCAGAUGAAAAAACCUGGCAAAAUUAAAAUGGUGCCAUAUCUCUAACAGCAGAUUUACAGAUAGGUUGGAGCAGCAUUACUGAAAAAGACAUGUACUUUGACCUUACAGCUUUCAUAAUCUACAUACAGCACUCAGGGGUGGUUUACAAGUUCAUGGCCUCACUAAAUGUCCUCCAACUAAAGGAAUCAAGCUUGUGCAUACUCAACUGCACUCAACUGCAUCCAUGAUCAAGUUGAAGAAGUACUUCAUGAACUAUAGAACAUGCCAGACACCAUUUCAUGUGAUUAUAGAGAUUUCAUCAUGCAAUACUUUGCUUAGGAGUCCCCAUGAUAACAUUUGUACAAUAAUACAAGUAGAGUCAUCAGAAUAGUUGAACUUCCACAAUUCUGUUCCCUGUAGUCUUGUCUGGUUUUUAUUCUUGGAUUUCCCCCCCUCAGAAGUCAAAUAGAGAACAAAAAUACCAAAAUUAUCAUAGGCUCAUUCAAUUUCCAUUUCAAACAGACCAAAAUUCCUACAUUUAUUUUUAAAAACAUACCAAGCAUGGAAAAGUAUCCCUUCACUGUACCUACUUCUGAUGGAUAAUGUGUUUAGAGGUCUUGUGAAGUUUUUAUGAGAAUUCAAAACAUUGCUAGCUGGGGCCUGCUACCUACUGGAUAGUGCCUAAUCUUUACAUCUACCAGGGAACCAAUACUGAAAAUGAGAAUAUGAGUGGGAUCAUAAGGAAUCAAGGGUUUUGUGACCAUGAUAUAAUCAUAGUGUUUUAAGUGUGUCAUUAAUUCUUAAUUGAUCCUUAUUGAAUUUCAACUUCUUGACCAGGAAUAAGAUUAUAUGGCAUUUUUCUACAGCUAUUCUUUUCUUUUUUAAAAAAAUGUUUUCUGGAAAGUAUAUUUGCCCCUCCUGAUUUUUCCCUUCAGUAGUAUCUUUUCACCCAAAUAACAUAUUUAUAAAAGUGAAGAAAGGACUGGCUGAAAAUUCUUUGGAGACCCACUCCUGACUUCACCAAAAUAUGGAAUAGUUUUUACUUACUAUGGGGCAGAAUUCCCAAAAGAGAAUUCUAAAAACUGCAGAUUAUAAUCAUAACAUUCUAAAGAAAAUUGUUUUCAGGCUCAGUUACAAAAUAAUAAAAAUGUAACUUAUUUUGAAGCUCACUUUUAAAAAGGACAUUAUGUUAGAGCCCAAAAUUUUUGGUUCAGAGAUUUUUGUAGCAACUGAAGCCUUAGGGCAGGGAGGUGACAUCCAAUUGGCCAUGCUGGCAGGGGCUGAUGGGAAUUGUAGUCCAUGAAUAUCUGGAGCGCCAUAGGUUGGCCUUAGGGUGACUUACAAAGCAGCAUAAAGACAUUAACACUAAGCAAGGCUUCCAUCUACCUCUAUAGGAUAUGUUGGCGGGGUGGGGGGGGGCUCUAGUUGCUCUGGACUUGCUGUUACAAUACAAUGUCAGUCACCAAUUACUUUAAAAAACUAGGACUGGCAGGGGUGAGCUGUACUGGAAUUCAGAGGAUGAAAAGAGGGAAUUAUUAUAUAAUACAACAAACAAUAUCACCAAUAACUAUGCUCCAUUCCACAUAAGAUGAUAAAACUACAGUCAGGACAAUGUUGAUAUGAAGUGAUACAUUUAUAUUAGGGCCUAUGGAUGAUCUCUUCAAGGAUCAAGAUGGCAUUACGUCAAUUCAGUCUGUAAAUAUCUACAAAGUAGGCCUUUCAGUGACCACUCCACAACUAUAGAAUUCCGUUCCAGCAGGCUUGAACUAGCUCAUUAGUCUUAAAAAUUUCGUUAACACAAAGGUUUUAUUUCACUUGCUUUCUGACAAAAGAAAUCUGAAAUUACAGUUAACAAAAUGCAGCAGAAACUAUCCAAAGCACACACUUAGGAAAAUUUUUAAUAGACUAAACAUUUCAAAUACAGAGAAACUAACAUCUUCCUCCACAACUCUGAGUCUGAUUUCUCCUGGAGUGACAACUAUAUCUGGAGGGUUCUUCACAUCACAGAUAUAAAUGCCACUGUCCUGAAACCGCGUGUUUGCUAUACUGAUAGAUGCAUCUUUCUUGUUAAGAUCUCCAGACCAGCUGAUUCUGUUUUUAAAUGGUAUAUAUUUCCCAGGAUAUGCCCUUCCAUUGGAAUAAUAAAAGAAUGAUACAGGAGAAGGUGCUCCCUCUGCUUGAAAGCUCCAGGCAACAGAAGCUGCACUGCUGAUCACUUCUGUUGAUGUGAACGUGCACUCCAGUUUUGCCUCUGUCCCAUUCUCCACAGAGAGCUCCGGUGGUGUGUAGAUUUCCAUAGCUGACACUUGGAACAGACUAAGAGUCGCCACCAGCAAAAGCACAGGCCACCGAGUCACCGAAGUCAUGCACUGCCUCACCCUGCUGCUGCCACCAUCGCCUCGUCUUGCCGCUGUCGUUAGUGCCACCGACGUCGUCCCUACCGUUGCCAUUUUCCUGCUUCCACCUCCUUUUUCUCCCAUUGUU